UUUUGUAGUAUUCCAGAACGGCAACCAUCGUUUCGUGAUUGUUGUGAAAAUAUGUUCGAAAUGUCGUUGUCGUACUUUGACAUCAUUUGAUAUUCGACUGCUGUUAACAUUCAAUUGACAAACAACAUUUGUAAAAAAGUGCUAUAAACAAUUGUCGUAUCUACAAGUAAUCCAUUGAAAUCAAAUCAACAAAACGCAGUAGCUCCACUUAGCACUUGCCAACAACUACCUCCUCUCAUCCAUAUCCCAUAGUAAAUCAACAUGAGAUUAGUUAUUUUGGACACCUCUGAAUCAGUUGGCCUUUGGGCUGCCAAAUAUGUUACUAAGAGAAUAAAUGAUUUCAAUCCAGGACCCGACAGAUACUUAGUUUUGGGUCUACCCACCGGUAGUACGCCUAUGGGCAUGUACAAAAAUCUAAUAAAAUUCUACAAGGAAGGUAAAGUUUCUUUUGAGUAUGUGAAAACAUUCAAUAUGGAUGAAUAUGUGGGUUUAGCACGAGACCAUCCCGAAAGUUAUCACUACUUUAUGUGGGAGAAUUUUUUCAAGCACAUCAAUAUCAAUCCCAAAAAUGUCCAUAUACUCGAUGGUAAUGCCCCCGACUUGAUAGCCGAGUGCAAUGAAUUCGAAGCAAAAAUCAAGGAAGCCGGUGGUGUGGAAUUAUUUAUAGGUGGCAUUGGUCCAGAUGGACAUAUUGCUUUUAAUGAGCCCGGCUCCUCAUUGGUAUCGCGAACUCGCGUCAAAACCUUGGCUCAGGAUACCUUGGAGGCCAAUGCACGUUUCUUCGAUAACGAUAUGAGUAAGGUGCCCAAACAGGCUUUGACGGUGGGCGUCGGCACAGUAAUGGACUCCAAGGAAGUUAUGAUUUUGAUAACCGGUGCCCAUAAGGCUUUUGCAUUAUACAAAGCUAUUGAGGAGGGCAUCAAUCAUAUGUGGACCGUUAGUGCUUUCCAACAACACCCCAAUACCCUGAUGUUAUGCGAUGAAGAUGCCACCUUGGAAUUGCGAGUUAAGACUGUUAAAUACUUUAAGGGUAUUCAAGGAGAUUAUUCUGUUGCCGAAGCGGAAUCAAAGCAGAUUGAAAAUUAAACCGAUCACAAAAAUAUCAUGUUGCCUGAUGGAUGUUCACAUGAAACUAAUCGAUGGAAUGUAAUCAUAUUUUUUUUAAUCCUGCCCUUAAAUGUUAGAUACAUUUUUUGUACGUUUUAUAACAUUUGUCAAAAUUUUGAUUCUACGUCUACAAUUUUUUGUUCAGACAUCUCUUUAAAAUACGAAUUUAAAUACAAAUAAUUUUUUUA